AGUAAGUCAAAUUAUUCCAAACAAGACAUAUCCAGAACCUUUUGCUCUUGUUUUUGCCUUUUGGAUUGAAGAUCAAAAUAUAAAAAAGUAUGUUCUACUCACAAUUUCAAGUAAAGCAAUCGUCUUUUGUUGUCAUCAAUUUCCCCCAAACCUAAUGGAGCUUAAGCUUACACCUCAGCAAUUGUUAGCAUACAAUGGCAGCGAUCGAUCAAAGCCCUUAUAUGUGGCUUUGAAAGGCCGCAUCUACGAUGUCACAAAAUCAAUUUUAUUGUAUGGUCCUGGUGGAUCGUAUAGCAUGUUUGCCGGCAAGGAUGCAAGUAGAGCUCUGGCCAAGAUGAACAAGAACGUAUUGGACAUCACCUCUUCGCUCGUGGGCCUUUCUAAGAAAGAAAUCAGUGUUCUCAAUGACUGGGAGAAGAAAUUUCAAGCUAAGUACCCUAUUGUUGGCCGAGUUGUUUGAGUACUUAAACACAUAACAUCAUAAUUGUAAUUUCCUGUAACUCUUAAGUGAAUAACUAUAUGGAAAUGUUACAGAAAAGUAUUAUAAAAAUAAUUUUUGUUUUCUAAAAAUAUGUUGUGAUAAAUGAUAAUUUAUGAUUGAAUACUUGGUGGUUGAUUGAUUGAGGGAGGUAUUCAUGGGAGGGGAGAGUUGGAGUUUCAAAGUCCAAUAUGAAUGAGUUACUAAACAAAAAUUAUAGUACUAUAGUAUUAUUAACAAGACAACUAAGAUUGAUUUGAGUGUAGUCCGGUUAAUGAAAAAAAAAAAAGUAAGUAGUUGAUAACUCUUUCUCUUGUAAUAACAAUUCUUUAAUAUGGCAAAUCACAGUUGUGGAAAUGUCAUAAAUUUGGUUGAUAUGACUCAAAAUUGGAGGUUCAAAUUCAAUUGACCUAACCAAGAUCAAGUGGAUGGCCCGGUGCCUUUUCCAAAAUGAUAUUCCUUUGGGUCCCCAUUUAAUUUUGGGUGAGUCAUUUGAAUUAUUCGGAAUGGGACAUAUCUAAAAAUCUUUUGUUCCAUUGUUUUCCUUCGAUUAAAGAUAAAAUAAAAAGGAGAAAGUGAUUGAAUUCUUCACUUUCAGUUGAAGCUACCGUCCGGCGUCCCUCAUUCCGAUCAAUCCCCUCCAAGCUAAUGGAGCUUACGCCUCGGCAACUGUUGGCCUACAAUGGCACCGACCCAUCAAAGCCCAUCUAUGUUGCUAUGAAGGGCCAAAUCUACGACGUCACAUCAGGCGGUUCUUUCUACGGCCCCGGUGGUCCCUACGCCAUGUUUGCCGGCAAGGACGCGAGCAGAGCUCUGGCCAAGAUGACCAAGAAUGAGGAGGACAUCACGUCUUCGCUCGAAGGCCUCUCUGAGAAAGAGAUCGGUGUUCUCAACGACUGGGAGAACAAAUUUCAAGCUAAGUACCCUAUUGUUGGCCGUGUUGUUUCUUAAACAUGCAAGUUUACGAGUUUCGCUGUGUGGUGUUUGUUGAGUCAUCGUAGUUUUCAGAAGUAUUAAAUGAAUAAUCGUUCAACUCUGAAUAUGGGAUUGUUAAAAUGACUGUAAAGUUUGUUGUGCUUGGUUUAAUAAGGGUCUUCAAUGGCGGAUUGGUAUCAGUCUGAACUGCUUGGUGAAAUAAGAACUUGCUUACUUAUCUCAGCUUAGUUUAUUAUCAAUUAUCAUAUGAUUUCUUA